AUGGACGCCGCGCAAGCGCCCGCAGCGGCCACCUCCAUCCCAUCAUCUGCAGGUUGGGCUGAGUCCAUCACCGCAGGGGGAGGCGCAACGGCCAAGGAGCAGGAGAUGCACCGGCGGCUUCUGUCCAUGGAGACGAAGUUGAAGGAUGUGGAUCUCCACUUGAAAGAGAGGCUCCCUCAGCCAAAGAUUCCCAUCCAGCAGUGGACCCAAGAGCUGGAGGAGAUGCAAAAGAGUCGGGAGGCUCUUCAGGCGAAGGCUGAAGGCUUGGAGCAGAUCUUGUUGAAGGAACGUCAGCAGCAGGAGGCAUCUUUAGAGGCACAUUCCAGCAACAUGGAGAGGUCCUUAGAGGCGAUCGCCAGCAGUAUCGACCAAAGCAUUACGGAAUCCACGAACUUGAUGAAGGCGCGCAUGAUCGAAGCCGAAAGUCUGGUGAAGAAGCUCGUGAGCCAACUGAACAGCACCUUUGCGAAGCCACUGAAAGAGGAUGCCCAGGUGACCACAGGGCCGGGCGACUCGGAGCAGCUCGUCUCCUCCAUGACGAACCUCCUGGAGGAGCAUCAGCAGCUGGUUCAAAGGCAGCAGCACUUGUUAGCCAGGCGAGGGCCAGUCAGCGGCAACGUGAAGUUCACCACCUUCCAGGCGUACUCGGCCUCGCCGCCCUACCCUCGGCAAACCUUGGACGGCUCGCCACGUUCACCUUCGCACCCGGUCUUAGGGCUGUCGCCGCAGAGCAGCACGAAAGCGCUGAAGAGCAGCGCCUCUGCUUCUCCGCUCUCCUCGCCACAUGCGCGGGGGGCCACGUCACCAGGGCUGGCGGGCUCGCGCUCGCCCAAGUCUCCGCGCUCGCCGCACCGCUGGCCGCCGCGCUCGCCGCGGGGAUCGCCCAAAGUUCUGCCCCCGGAGGGUGAAGCGACGCAGGAGUCGAUGGCACAAAGGUAUUCAGCAGUUCAGGCACUGAGCAAGGCAAUCUACGAGACUUAG